AUGGACAAGAAGAAGGAAGAGAUCAACUUCGUCUGGGGCAAGCCGGCGCCCUCGCUGCUGCCGGUCAAGAGGCUCUCGCUCGCUGUCCAGACGGUCCUGUCCAGCACUGAAGCUGCCACCGACGCCCUCGAGUACGGCGACCCGGCCGGCCCUGUGCAGCUACGCCAGGAGGUCGUCAGCCUGCUCGCCCGCUUCUACCGCACGCCCAACGAGGUCGACGAGGUCUGCAUCACGGCGGGCGCCAGCCAGGGCCUGGUGACGGUGUUGCAGGUGCUGGCGGAUCCCAGAUACACCCGGCGAGUCUGGAUGGUCGCCCCUUGCUUCUACCUGGCCUGCCGUAUCUUUGAAGACGCCGGCUUCAGGGGGAGACUGAGAGCUGUGCCCGAGACCGACGACGGCAUCGACCUGGCCUAUCUCGAGCAGUCCAUGAAGGAAGUUGAUGCUGAAGCAGUAGAAGAAGUCGAAAGAGACGGCCGCAGGUAUAGACAUCUCAUCUACCUGGUGCCGACCUUCUCCAACCCGUCCGGCCGCAGCGUCCCCCUGGCUCAUCGUCACCGUCUUGUCGAGCUCGCCCGUCGCUUCGACGCCCUCGUAGUCAGCGACGACAUCUAUGACUUCAUCGACUCGAGCGAGCAAGUCGGCUGCCUCCCGCGCCUGGUAGACAUCGACCGCGCCCUCCCCUUGCUGCCCUCCGACGCCGCCGCCCACCGCCACACCGUCAGCAACGGCUCCUUCAGCAAGCUCGUCGGCCCUGGCGUACGCACCGGCUGGCUCUCUGCCUCUCCCGCGCUCACUCGCAGGCUUUCCCAGGCCGGCGCAAGCAUCGCAGGCGGGUGUCCCAGCCAGCUCGGCGCCGCCCUCGUAGCCCAGUUUCUCGCCUCGGGGGCGCUGACGACACACAUGGCCGACCUGCUGCCGGCCUACGCCCGUCGACGCAGGCUGAUGGUGGACGCGGUGGCCGAGUUGCUGGCGCCGUUGGGGGUGACGCUGGUCGAGGAUGCGGAGGGCAGAGAAGGUGGCUAUUUUGUGUGGCUGAGGCUGCCCGCUGGCUUGGACGGGGCGGUCGUUGCGGCGGGAUGCGCGGAGGAGGCGCUGGCGAUCUUGCCUGGCGCUGCCUUUGCUGUUGCUGGCGAUGCUGGCGGGCCUUCGUACUCUGCCUAUCUCAGGCUGGCCUAUUCGUGGGCGGACGAGGAAGCGCUGGCGGAAGGCAUCGCGCGGUUGGCCGGCGUCGUUGGCCGUCUGCAAGCCCAGUAG